AUGACGGACAGUGGAGGAGGAGGAGGAGGAGGAGGAGGAGAAGGAGAAGGAGGAGGAGGAGGAGGAGGAGGAACGGGGUCUCCAAACCUGCCCACCUCUCUCCUCCCUCCGCCACCGCCACAGCGACAGACACCGCUUCUGGCCUAUCGCAUCAGAGUCGGACCCCCUCCGUCCUCUCUCUCCCUCCCUCACAUCUCUCCUCUGUGCCCUGCCCACCCCGGCGGUCUCUUCUCCAGCCCUGUCAGAGCCAAUCCGCGACUGGGUGUAAGUAGGGCAAGCCGCUUCCUGGUUCUCAGAAAAAAGGAGCUGGGAGUCGGAGUGGGCCAGCGGAGGCAGCACACAGGGGGUCAGAGCAGCCCAGAGAGCCGGCGGUCUGCGGAGACGAGACAACCUACAAGAAAAACGCCGACGUACGAUUUGGCGAAGGUUAAAACCUCCUGGGUGUCGAUCUGAGGACAAAAGCCGCGGUGACCCCCGGUGGAGAAGAAUAUACAAGAGCUGUGAGGAUAAAAAAA